CUUCCUCCAUGGGCUGGCUCCAUCUUAGACGCUCAGAUUCCCCGGCUGCGAUCCAGGCCUAUAGCCCGGCCGGUGGGGCUGCAGCCGCGGCGCCUAGGGCCCUCCCUGCAGCAGGGCUGAGAGCAGAGGAAGCUCCGGCCUCCUGCAUUGUGCGCCGGCCCCCACUCCCUCCUCCUCCUGCACCAGUCUAGAGCUUGUCCUCCCGGACGGCGGCCGACGCUAAGGCUGCGAUCCCGGGCGCCGCGCAGUGCACACGGAUGACUCAGAGGUGAUACCUGUAUAAGUGUUUCAAGUUUUUUCCUACAAGAUGUGUUCCACAUAUCCAGCAAACUGGGUCACUUUUGAUGAUGAACCCCUCUCUCAAUCUCCUCAAAAAUCAGUGGAAAAUAGUAAUACCUGUAAAGCAAAUGGUCUUAAUCUCAAUCUUGCUAAUAUGCAUGAAUCUUCAAGUAGGUCAACUUCUACAAACAGAACUCCACUUUCUUCUCCUGUAGCUGACUUUUACUUAAAUGCUGGACCUCCUAGUAACUCUCCACUUUCUACACCUACCAAAGACUAUUCAGGAAGUCCCUAUAUCCCCAAAUCAGAAAUUCACAUCCUUUAUCCUAUUCCUGAAUUGUCAUCAAACAUUAACCUUCACCCACCAUCUGGGACUUGUUCUUCCUUAGCUUUUCAGAAACUGAGCACUGCACCUAAUGAUGAUCCACCUAAGAUUUUAGUCUCUAAACAAGGAGCCCCAGGUGAAAUAAAUCCUACUUACCAAGAAAGCUGCAAUAAAUUAGAAGAUCAGUUGGAAUUGGAACGCUUCCAAUAUUUUCAGAAUGACUGUGCUUUUUCAAGUCUAUUUUGGAAAGAGGGGUGUUCAACUAGCAUGUCUCCCUAUAACGCUGACACACAGAGAAAGGAUAAAAAGCUUUGCAGAAGUAUUUGCCGUUCUAAAGAAAAAGAUACUUGCCAUGAUCAGAAAAGUCUCGAUCAGAAUUCCUUCAGUUAUAUCUGUGAAAGGCUUGAACAUUUGCAAACUGAUACUUUGGGAAACCUGUCUGCCUCCAGCUUACAUGCAUGGCGUAAUCUCUCUUCUUUCAUUCCAUACAGUCUCUUCAGGAGCCAGAAAAAAGAUGGUUGGCCUUUCAUGCUAAGAAUUCCUGAGAAGAAGAAUAUGAUGUCAUCUCGGCAGUGGGGUCCUAUUUAUCUUAAAAUCCUACCUGGGGGUAUUUUACAAAUGUACUACGAGAAGGGUCUUGAAAAACCUUUUAAAGAAUUCCAGCUCCAACCAUACUGUAAACUGUCAGAACCCAAGCUAGAGAACUGUAGUGUUUCAGGAAAAAUCCAUACCGUGAAGAUUGAAUAUGUGUCUUAUACAGAGAAAAGAAAAUACCACCCCAAAGCAGAAGUGGUCCAUGAACCAGAGGUGGAGCAGAUGCUAAAAUUAGGAACCAUGGAUUACAAUGACUUCACUGAUUUCCUUACAACAGUUGAGGAAGAGUUAAUGAAGCUUCCUGCCAUUUGUAAACAAAAGAGAAAUUAUGAGGAACAAAAAAUUAUACUAGAAAUAGUGGAUAAGUUUUGGGGGAAAGUCACUAAAACAGAAGGAAAACUUGUAGAAAGUGCUGUCAUCACACACAUUUAUUGUAUGUGUUUUGUGAAUGGCAAUACUGAAUGCUUUUUUACUUUAAAUGAUCUAGCGCUCCAGAAAAGAGAUGAACUUUAUUUUGACAAGGACCUGGAGAAGAAAUGGAUUGAUAUUCUUGACUACCAUUUCCAUAAGUGUGUCAAAACACAUGAGUUUGAGCAAUCUAGAAUUAUUAAGUUUACACCCCUGGAUGCCUGUAGGUUAGAACUGAUGCGUUUCAAGACACUGUAUAUUGGGCAAGACCUUCCAUUUUCUUUAAAGGCUGCAGUAGUUGUUCAGGGAGCAUACAUAGAACUUCAGGCUUUUAUAAACAUGUCUUCUACUUCUCUGAUUCCAGCACAUUUGCAUUCCAUGAAAUACUGUGAAAAUGUCAUGAUAUGCUUUCCAGUUCCUGCACAGUGGAUCAAAGCACUUUGGACCAUGAAUCUCCAAAGACAGAAGUCCCUAAAAGCAAAAAUGAACAGAAAAACAUGCCUUGGUUCUUUACAUGAAGUUGAAUCUGAUCCUGUAAUUCAGGUCUCAAUUGGAACAGCAAAAUAUGAAAGUGCCUAUAGGGCUGUAGUGUGGAAGAUAGACAGACUUCCGGAUAAAAACUCAAGCCCAUAUCAUCCAUACAGUAUGUCUUACAAACUAGAACUUGGAUCAGACCAGGAAAUACCUUCUGACUGGUAUCCAUUUGCAACUGUACAGUUUGUCAUGCUUGAUGCGUGUGCCUCAGGGACUGAAGUAAAAUCGCUGGGCAUAGAAUGUGAUGUUCAGCCCCAGAAACAUUUGAACCAGAAAACUUGCUACAACUGCCAGGUUGAAAUUGAAAAGAAGUGGAUCAGGCUUGAUGGAGAAGACCCAGAUAAGGCUAGCACCUGCCUAAUGCAGUAAAAGGAGAUGAGGCACUUGUAAUACAUGGUUACAUGUUCUUUAAAUAUGGAAACAAUGGAGGAAAAUGUUAGUGGGAAUUAAUUUCCAUAGUAAAUAUUUGUUAUUGUAAGAAAAAGUGCAAUGAUCUAGUGCAGGGGUCUCAAAUAUGUGGCUUGCAGAAUAAUUUCCUGUGGCCCACUAUAGGCGCUGACUCCACUGGCAGCCAAGUUCCCCUCCCCCAUGCCUCUCCUUCUCCUUCCCACUCCCCGAGCACACCGUGUCCCCGCUCCUCUACCUACCUCCCAGUGCUUCCUGCUGUCAAACAGCUGUUUGGACUUUCCAGGAGGGAGUGGGGACAUGGCACGCUCAGGGGAGGAGGCGGAGAAGGGGCAGGGUUGGGGCAGGGAUUUGGGGAAGGGGUUGGAAUGGGGAUGGGGUGGGAAGAGGCCUCAUGGAAGGUGUGAAGUGGGGGCAGGGCCGGGGGCAGAGUGGGGGGCUUUAACCGAAGUAAUUCUAAAAGUAAAUGCGUGUUUUGUCAUUUGAGUGAGGUGCAUUACUGAGUGUUUAUAUUUUAUUAAAACUCCUCUUUGCAUUACAGUUUUAAAAAAGUUAAUACAUUGACUUUUAAUAGCAUACUAUAUUACUCUUCAUUUUUUUCAUUUUUGACUAUACUUUUGUAUCAUUGUAUAAAAGGUUUCAGUGAUGCGGCCCUCGGGCCAAUGUACUAGUCCUCAUGUGGCCCUCGUAGUGAUUUGAGUUUGAGAUCCCUGAUCUAGUGUAUAAUAAAUGCAGCAGCUGAAAAUCCACUGUUCACAAUUUUUGUAAUGCUUCUGGGUUUGAUAUUGCAAAUUCUUAGUCAUUUAAUUAGCCUUAAUUCAGGUGUGCAGCCCAGUAUGGGAUUACUGAUGUGAGUAAACACUGAUUGUACAGUUGUAAGUUUGCAGGACUGAGCCCUUAGUGUACAGAUUGUAAUAUAUUUCUCUGCAAAGUACCUAUUACUUGUGAACGGUCUCAUGCUCCAUGUUGAGAAUUAAUGUCACUAUUCUAAAAAAUUGUCUGUUUGCCAUAUUGAUAUUUAACAAUAAAAACAUCCAAAAUACUUAUGGCACAAACCAACACCUGGGUAGGGUACAGCAGGAUAAACUGCACAUUUGAGUUUAGUUUGUAAAUAUGAUAUGUUUGUCUCCAUUAUUUGUGAACAGCAAAAGCAUACACUUAUUUCCCAGUAAGAGUUUCCACAUAACGUAGAGUGAGAGAACUUCCUCAGGAAUAAAACUCCUAAUUCUCUCCCUCCAGGGGCUAUAAAUGUUGUUCUCUAGGAUUGUUCAAUGCAAAGUCUCAGGCAGUCUUGACUGAAAUUCCCAUGCCAAGGUGAGGCUAAUCUAUUUCAGUGCCUCGGAGAGUGAACAGGGCCUGACCCUCAGCUGACACAAAUCAGCGUAGCUCCAUUAAGUUCAACGCAGCUUUGCCAAUUUGCACCAGUUAACAUCUGGCCUUAUGAGUUAUAAAGGUGGCUAAUCACUACCCGUUGUUUUUUGUGGAUGUCUUUCAAGACUCAAGUUCCAGAUGUUGGUUUGAAACUAGAGCCUGUAUGGCAUCACUGCCUUGAACUGUAAGGCGGAGGGGAAUGCAAACAUACUGGGAAAGUAAGACUUUUUCUUACAUUGCCAUCUAUAAAGGAAUUUGCUACAGAGGAAAAUUGAUGGUUAUAUUUAUAUACAAGGCUUUAGGGAUUUAUAUCCUUCAGGAAUUUUGUGUUUUUUAACCAGAAUUUUUUUUGGUCUGGCUUUAUUUUGUUAUGAUCAAAGUUCUGAUUUUUUAAGGCUUAAUUGUUUUAAAAUGUCCACUGAAGCUACCUGGGUUCAUAUGUGGUUUGACUUAGUGCUUGGGGCUGGAGGGAAUACACUCUAGGGACCUCUGGUAUAAUCAUACAUGAUGAUCAGUGUUUACUCAACAGUAGCUCAGGACUGGAGGCACAAGUCAUCACUGAUUAUGUUGACAGAAUUGUGUGGGGAAGCUAGCACAACAUGUCUGCCUUAUGCUCGGCUCUAGCUAAUGCUAUGGGCACUUAAACUCAUCCAACUACAUUGUUCACUUAAAAUGUCAACAUUUAAUAACAUUACCAAAGAGCAAUUACUGUUGCUCCUUUGUCAAGUGGAAGCAGAAUUUUGAGAUCUUGCAGGUCAGUUUUAAAUUUGGAGCAGAAAUCACUGAUGCAGUGUAGGGUAUUUUCUUAGUGUAAUUCAGCUGCGACACAACGCCAUCCAAGAUCGCCUGGCCAGAGCCAUCCCACCACACAUGGGGAAGGUUGCCAUAAACUCUGUCAUCUCUGGAACCAACAGCCAACUGCGACCGGACAUAGUCAUCACCAACAAAGACUGGAAGAAGAUCAUCAUGGUGGAUAUCACAGUGCCAUUCGAGAAUAGGACCCUAGCCUUCCACGAUGCCCGAUCUCAAAAGGUAGAGAAAUAUGUCCCUCUGGCCAAAACCUUGAGAGCUAACGGUUACCAGGUCUAGACAAAUGCACUGAUCGUCGGAGCCUUAGGCGCGUGGGAUCCCAGUAAUGAGCAAGUGCUGAGAGAAUGCGGAAUCGGUCAAUCCUACGCUUGGCUGAUGUGGCAACUCAUGGUAUCAGACGCCAUCAGGUGGCCGAGGGACAUCUACAAAGAACACAUCACUGGACAUCGGCAAUACCAGGAGGGAUGAGCUGGAGUGCCGACGAGAAGCGCAGUCAGGAAAGUAACAAACACUUUCUUCAUGGAUUGUAUUUUCUAAAUGGACAACCAACUUAAUUCUCAAUUACUGAGUGACAGUCUCCACUCAUUGAUUUAUUUUGCUUUCCACAACCAACUCUCUGUACAACUUUUCAUGAGUGAUGUACCCAAGUAUUCGGAUUCUAAUAUCUAAAUUGUAUUGUUAAAUCUGUUCACCUAAAUUUGGGUUAUUGCUGAUUAUGUACUCUAUGUAUCAUAUGACUUUAAAAACAAACUGUUUGUGGAUAAUCUAAGCACUGUACCCAGAUGUACAAACACUCUUUUCCCAACCUAUGUAUUAUAUAUAUAUAUAUAUAAUAUAUAUAUUUUAACAUUAGCUUAAUAAAAUUUUUAGAUCCGUUUAUUUAUAACAGAUACACAAGUUCUGUUUUCUCAAACAGCUGGUAACAAGCUGGAUUUCUUCUCACAGCAUUACUAUAUGUGAUGAGCACUUGAUAUAUAGUAGUUAUGUGCUCAGUCAAACUCCCAUUGAAGUCAAUGGAAAUCUUUGACAAAAUGGGAGUUGGAUCUGGGUCUGUAAAAAUAAAGAGAAACAAAUAUUAGUAGUUAUGGACAAAGAAAUGCACAGCAGAAAAUUCUUGGUGCUUGUAAAUAAACAUCCUACAAUGCUUGUGUGGUUCAUCUAGGAAAGAGAACAAGAGAGGAAACUGAUUGUUACUGGAUAUCCAUUUAGAAACCCUGUAAUGAUUGUGGAUAGUUCUCUAGCUGCCAUUUCUAUUGCCCUUCUGUAGAGACCAAUUUGAUAAUGCAUUCCAUUAAUUAUUGUGCCAAGCUGCUGUGUUUCUAGAUUAUGAAACACUAAGUGUACAAAGCUGA